UCUGGAGGCCCUGGCCCAGGCUCCUAAAGUUGGAGGAUUCAAGACAAGUUGUGACUGCUGUUCAUACUGACCUUGUGCCUUGGACGCUGGUUCUGAGCGAAGGCCCUUGCACGCGCUCCUGAGUGGCUACCAUGGGCCUCCUUGCAUUCUUGAAGACCCAGUUCAUCGUGCACCUCCUCAUCGGCUUCGUCUUCGUGGUCAGCGGGGUGAUCAUCAACUUCAUCCAGCUGUGGACGCUGGCCCUCUGGCCAAUCAACAAGCAGCUCUACCGCCGAGUUAACUGUCGCCUUUCCUACUCGUUAUGGAGCCAACUAGUGAUGUUGCUGGAAUGGUGGUCGGGCACAGAGUGCACUUUAUUCACGGACCAGGCCACAGUGGACAAGUUUGGGAAGGAGCACGUGGUCAUCAUCCUCAAUCACAACUAUGAAAUCGACUUUCUGUGUGGCUGGACCAUGUGCGAGAGGUUCGGCGUCCUGGGGAGCUCGAAAGUUUUGGCUAAGAAGGAACUGCUCUACGUGCCCCUCAUUGGCUGGACGUGGUACUUUUUAGAGAUUGUUUUCUGCAAGCGGAAAUGGGAAGAGGACAGGCACACUGUGAUCGAGGGGUUGAAACGCCUGUCCGAUUACCCCGAGUAUAUGUGGUUUCUCCUGUACUGUGAAGGGACUCGUUUUACGGAGACAAAACACCGCAUCAGCAUGGAGGUGGCUGAAUCGAAGGGGUUGCCUAAGCUGAAGUAUCACCUGCUGCCUCGAACCAAAGGCUUCACCACGGCCGUCCAGUGUCUCAGGGGGACGGUUGCAGCUGUGUAUGAUGUAACACUAAAUUUCAGAGGAAAUAAGAACCCAUCUUUACUGGGGAUCCUAUAUGGGAAAAAGUACGAGGCAGAUAUGUGUGUCAGGCGAUUUCCACUGGAGGAUAUCCCACUAGAUGAAAAGGAGGCGGCAAAUUGGCUCCAUAAACUUUAUCAAGACAAGGAUGCCUUGCAAGAGAUGUAUAAGCAGAAAGGAGUUUUUCCUGGGGAGCAGAUUAAGCCCACGAGAAGACCGUGGACUCUGCUGAAUUUUCUCAUGUGGGCCACCAUUCUCCUUUCUCCUCUGUUCAACUUCGUGUUUGGUGUCUUCGCGAGCGGUUCUCCCCUGCUGAUCCUUGCAUUCUUGGGGUUCGUCGGAGCAGCUUCUUUUGGAGUCCGCAGACUGAUAGGAGUGACCGAAAUAGAAAAAGGCUCCAGCUACGGAAACCAAGAAUUCAAGAAAAAGGAAUGACUUGAACCUCCUUAAGCAGAUGAUGUUAUCCAGUUCACUUCAUUAAAAAGACAAACCCCCCAAAAACUCUUAGAAACUUUCUUUUUCUUAUUAACUGGUGACUAAUAAUAACAAAACUGGAGCCAAGAGUCAAGCAUUUGGAAGGAUCAAGAGAAGAUCGACAGCAUCCUACCUGUGCACAUCUUAGGAGCAUAUCGGAGUUUGGGGACAAAGUCUGGGUUUGCACAACCGGGGACGUUUGGCUUUGGUGGUGGGAGCUGGGGGUGUCGGACAGGGCGGUAGGUAUUUCUUCCGAUGACCUGUCCCUUAGCGGUUUGCGCCUAAGAAUCCCAUCCUUACACGAGGAGGUACUGGGACACUUCCUCUGUGUUAAGCUCAUCUAGUCCUUGUUUUCACACUGGUUAUUUCAGCCGCUUUUCCCCUCUCUUCUCCCCCAUCAGUGACUCUCCCCGACCCCUCCUGAGAAAAAGGGCCCCAGCUUAAAUGAUCGAACUGGUGUUACUACAGGGGAAGUUGUUGGAAAAAAAGGAUCUAAAUCCCUGUGACCAGAAUCUAACCGGACAAACCCCUUUUUAAUUUUUUUAAAAAGAAUAUCUCCACCCCACCCAGCCCCCAGGCAGUGCCAUUGAGCUCCUGCAAGGCAGACCCCCGAAGGCAACUGUGAUAGAGUUUCCCCCCUACUGAUAAGCACACACUGUCAGAUGGAUUAAGGACCCAUCACUUCAUUUCACCAAGUCCCAGCGUCCGCUCCUGGCUCAGGUUGAUGCCUCGCCAUAGGGGGGUUUUGGUUUAUUUUUCCUUAUUUCCCCAUGAACUCUGUUGUGUAUUUAUGCCUUAGGGCUGUUUUUCUAAAGCGAAUUGUAUCCUUGAGAACUCAAUCUGUGAAAAGACGUUAUCCUCGGUUAUUGUAAGAGUUUAUUUCUCCUUUCCAGGUUGACCCCCAGAGGCCCCAUCCUCAUCUACUGCGGUACCCAGGCCAGGGUUGCCUGUCCCAGCCGGCGUCAACUGGCCUUGUGGGCCAGUUGGAAACUGAUCACCGGUUUGAGGAUUGAGUCAGCUUCUGGCGGUCAGAGAAGGGGGAAAUGGGAGGGGCUCAGCUUCCACAGAGGCUGGAAGGGGAAAGGCGCUGGUCAUGGCUGCUGGAUAUCUCCCUUCCCACUUCCCACUCCCCAACCACGCCCCCAUCCUACCCACAGAGCGCGCCUCCAGGCCGGUUCCUCCCUGGAUUGCGGGUAGGCGAGGUGCAGUGAGCCUUCCUCUUCGCUGGACUGGGUUGUCAUUUUUCAGAGUUAUUUUUCAUUCAAGGAAACGUUCACAAAUGUGCUCCUGCUGCUUUUUUAACCCCUUCUCUCUCCAGGUCUAAACAUGUUUCUGGAGACAGCUGCGUGGGCCGUGGUGGCAGGGCAUCUGCGGAAGGAGGCUCUCAAAGGAACCGCUGACCCACAUUACUCUGUGUCAUGGGAUCAGUCACUAAAGCGUGACUCCCUCAUUCCAACCGGUAGCUAGGGAUGAGUGAAAUAUUUUACCUUGUCGUGUCGUAAAAGUCAACCCCAGGACUCAUCUGUCUCUUCCCUGAAAUGUUUACUCUAGAUUAUAACCUCAAGUGAAAAAUUUUGUGGCAUACUUGUUCUUUGGGUUGGAUUUGUGGUUUAAGUGGUCCUGGAUUGAGAGGUUGGUGCUGGGGAGGAAGAGGGAAGGGGAGAAGAGAGGUGAAUGAAAGGAUUUGGGAUCAUCUCGCAGAUGUCAUUUUUGUUCACUCUUUUGUUGGUAUCAUCCACCUCCAGCUAAACUCUGCACCACUCACCCAACUGUCAGCAGGUUCUCAUGCUACUAGCGGCAGACACCACUAGUUCUUUGCCCCCCAGCCUUCUUUGAAAGAAGGAGUUGAGAGUUUCCUCUGUCGUUGAACCGGGACUGAACGUGGGCAGGAUGAGUUUGUUGUGGGGAAAAACAGGACAAGAAGAUGAGGGAAGAGUGGGAGGAGAAGGGAGAAUGGAAAAACUGAAUAGAAAACAUGUUGCAAUGCUUGUAAUCUUGCUUUCCACUGAAGAUAUGAACCUCUUUACUUGAUUUUUGGUUGGUAAUUAGGCAGGGGAGGGGAGAGACAGCAUGAGGAGUAAUAAAGGCACAUUAUCAUUGGCCAAUUCUCUUCUCUCUGACUUGGGAGCGGUCAUUUGAGAUUGGUCGGCCCCCACCUGAACUCAAAAAUGGGUCUCUGUCUCUAAGACUUCACCCCCUACUUUCGGAGAGCAUGUUCAGCCCUCUCGUCCAUACCAAUAAUCAUGUGAACGGUGAGUGAACGGAUCAUGCCCGGCAAAAGCGGGGAGACGCUUUUAGAUUUGGUUAUGUUUUCUGGUGUCAAAGUAUACUGAUUUUGUUUAUGUGUGUUUUGAGAGUGCGCAUUUCUACCAUUCUUAACUGACAGCUGGAAAGAAUGGAAGGAAAUAGCCAACAAAGCCAGUGAAAUGGAGAACCCUUACAGGGUACCUUUAUUAUCACAUGGAAAAUGCAAAACUAGUUGUCACGCUCCCCCCACCCCCGGAAUUGACCUUUCCAUUUCUCUCUUCAGAUGGGUUGUUUUCGUAUUUCUGUUUUCAAUUAUCCUCUGUAUAAAUUUACACUAAUUAGAUGCCAUAAAUGACUAAUGAAGACCGGGAGGUCGAGUGAGAGAUUGAAACAGUGGGAGUAGGUUUUCUCUCUUCCCCCAAUUUCCUUCUGAUAGAAUAGAACGCAGCCUGUACGUCUGACUCCCAAGCCCUCCGAGAGCAAUAAUAAACUGUAUCAUGAAAUUCA